GCAAGGGCCUUCGGUCCUACCACAACUUUCUCUGGCCACCGCCAGCUCCCAGGGAUCCCUCAGCAAUGAGGCAGCUUUUCCACUGCUCAGCACAGGGGCUGGAAGCACAGGAGCGGGAAGAAGGCAAGGGAGGGGUGGACUACAAAAUUCACAUCCCCUCGAAACCUUCCGCAAUCAAAAGACAU